UACAGAAUCACGCCCGCGUGUCCUUGCAGCAUGUUCUGGACGUGCUGGGACCCACAGUGAGGCAGUGCGCUGGCAUCCCAGGUGAAGGUGGACAGGAGGAGCUGUUUCAGGACGGAUAAAAAAGACACCCAGAAUGAAGUCCAGAUGCCUCCUUUCUACAGUUGACAGACUUCCAACCAUCAGUGAGCUGCAGGAGAGCAACACAAACAACGGAGACCCAGACUGCUCCUCUCACACCAUGGAGGAGUACUUGGACUCCAUCAAAGAGCUCUCCCAGCCGGCCUGUUACCCGCUGCACGGGCCCCUCAGAGGUCACCGCUGCUGGAGGGUUCGCAUGGGUUCUGGAGUCACGCGCGUGCCUGCUUCUUUGUUUCUGAGCACCUCCAGGAGCGCCCCCCACUGGCUCCCCAUAGACCCCUCAGAUGUGUCCUUCACCUUAACAGGUCAGUCGAGCUGUGACCCAUCAGUGCGUGGUAAACAGAACCUGCUGGACAUGCUGAUGUCUCAGUCCCUGUUUGCAGGCCUGGUGUAAGUCGGAAUGUUUGGAAGGAGCGCCGGAAUCGCUCGGAGCGAGUUUGGAGAACAAAACCUCUCUACAUGUUAUAUGGAUUCUCUUUGAAGCUUGAAACAAACCCAACACAUGAAACAAAAGAUAAAAGAGAACACCAAGAAGAGAGCAAACAGUUGGAGAGAACCAACUAAGUGGCUCCGCAGGGGUCCGCAGCAGCCAGAGGGGGCCCCAAACAAACUGUAUUUAAAUAUUUAGAGUUACCCAACGUGGUUUCUGGUUUCUGUUCAGCCAAACGGAGUCUUUUCAAAUAAAAUCUAUGCCAUCAGGAGGUCAGUCCUAAUGUGACACAUCUUCAGGUUCUGACCACUGAACUUUUCUUUCUUGGACUCUUUGAAACAUAAAGUCUGCUGGUUUUCAGUUUCAUGAUAAAGAUGCACUGUUUUAAUUACAUAAGUGUCCAUAAUUAGGCCCCGAAAUGUGGAAAAAUGUAUGAGCAGAGUGGAGUCACAACACUCCACAGUAAAAAAUGGAAAUAUGAAAUAUUACCAUGUUCAUACUGUUUAAACUAUAAUUAGAUUUCUUGCCUCUUUUAUUUGACAUAUUUUCAGAUGUUUGAUAUUUUAUGAAUGUUUUUCUAUGUCAAAUGAGGAUGAAAUGAAAUACAUUUUAUUUGGUAAAGAGGUGGCAUAAAUUUUUUACUGACAUCAUUA